GCUUUGUAGAAUCUUUCCUGCACUCUAAGAAGGCUUUGCAGGUUUUGCUGAACUCCUGCGUUUCCCUGCUGUGCUACCCCGGGCUGCGUUGGAGGGUGAGGCCCAGCGGGGCUUCCCCGCCGAGGUUUCCCGGAGGCUCCGGCGGCCCCAGGCUCCCGGAGCCGGGCAGGGGCUGCCCCGGGCAGCCGGGGCCGUGCGGGGAUGUCGCGCUGUCACCGCGCUCUGGGCACUCAGGGCUUUCUGUCCGAGUCCCCGGGCACCGCUCCGCUUUCAGGAACCAGCCGCCACAUGCUCCAUUUCGGUGGCCCGGGGGAAUUCGCCUGGCGGGGCCUUUCCUCGGGCAGUUCCCCGUGCCCGCGGCCGGGACAGCGCCGCUGCCCCGAGCAGGGGACGCCCCGCUCCCGCCGGCCCCGGGGCGCGGCUCGGGCUCCCCGCUCCUCCCGGCCGGAGCGAGGCAGCAUCGCCGGCAGCCAGCCCAGCCCCCAGCAGCGGCCCCGAUACCGCGGUGAGCGGCCCCGGUACCCGCGGUGAGAGGCCCGGUACCCGCGGUGAGCAGCCCCGGUACCCCGGUGAGAGGCCCGGUACCCGCGGUGAGCGCCCGCCAGGGCCCGGCGGGCUCAGAGCUCGCUGCAGAUGGCUGAGAGCAGCCCCAGGAGCCUGCAGGACCCCCCCAGCUCUGCCCCUGAUGAGAACGAGUUCCCCUUCGGGUACCCCACCAGCAUCUGCGAGGACGUGCCUGGGCAGAAGUUCCUGUGCAGCAACUGCCACAACAUCCUGAAGAAAGCCCUGCAGACGCUGUGUGGGCACAGGUACUGCUCUGCCUGCCUCACCUGGAUCGUCAGAAACAAUAAAAAUGCAAUUUGCCAGAAGUGUAAAGAGGAAGAUCCCAACACUUUAGGUGAGGAAAGCCUAUUGGCAGAAGAAAGGGCUUUUGGUGAUGCUGCCAUUAAUAAAGAGAUUUCUGAGCUCAGAGUCCACUGUGUGACCCUUGGGUGCAGCUGGUCUGGUAUCAUGAAAGAUUUUGAAGAGCAUCAGAGUUUAUGUGAAUAUGCUUUGAUCCCUUGUCACACUGGCUGUGGGCACGUGGUGAUGAGGAGGAAGCUGGCAGAUCACUUGGAAAAUGGAUGUGUCAAUAAUGUGACAGUGUGUCAGCAGUGCCAGAGCAGCCUGGCCAGCUCUGAGUGCCAGGAGCAUUCAUGUGAAGGCAGUUUAUGCAAGGAACAAAAACCUGUGCAAACAGAAACAGCAUCAAAGGAAAAGCAGAGCCACUGUACAUCCUCAGGCAGCAAGGAUGGCUGUUGUUUUUCUGAAGUUGGCUGUGCAUUCAGGGGAAGCAAAGAGAAGAUCCAGGAGCACGAAAAAGCCGCGGUGGGGGCCCACAUGCUGCUCCUGCUGCAGCACAUGAGGCAGCUGCAGGGAGCCCUGUGCUCCAAGGGCUUCUCCCCACGGCCAGAGCUGAGCUUGAAGAGUGCAGGGAAAAGCAUCUGUGAGCUGCAGAUCCCAGCAGGGCUGGGGCUCAGCAGGGAUCCAGAGCUGGACUGUUUCCCUGGCCCUGAGGAUGAGUCUGUCCUGCAGCAGCUGGUGAGGGAGAAGGUGAUUUCUGAGCUGGAAAAUAAGCUGCAUGUGUUUGAGAACAUUGUGGCAGUGCUCAACAAGGAGGUGGAGAGCUCCAAUUUGGAAAUCCUGGCCUUCAGGAGACAGAGUGAACUGGACCAGAACAUAAUACGGGGCCUUGAGCUGAAGAUUGCAGAGCUGCACCAGUGCCUGAUGCAGAAGGAUGCAGGCCUGAGCAGCCUGCACAAGAGCCUGCUGUUCUCUGAGCAAGCCUCCUACGAUGGCAUCUUCCUCUGGAAAAUCACUGAGGUUGGCAGGAAGCUCCAGGACUCUGUGACUGGCAGGACAGUCAGUUUGUACUCCCCAGCUUUCUACACUGCAAAAUAUGGCUACAAGGUGUGUCUGAGGGUGUACCUGAACGGGGAUGGGACAGGGAAAGGAACCCACAUGUCCCUGUUCUUCGUGGUCAUGAAAGGCGACUACGACGCUCUGCUCCCGUGGCCCUUCAGGCACAAGGUGACGUUUAUGUUGCUUGACCAGAAUAACAGGGAGCACAUAAUCGAUGCCUUUCGCCCAGACCUGACUUCUGCUUCCUUCCAGAGGCCAGUGAAUGAGAUGAAUGUGGCCAGUGGCUGCCCCCUGUUCCUGCCCUUGGCCAAGCUGCAGUCCCCCAAACACGCCUACGUGAGGGAGGACACCCUUUUCCUGAAGUGCAUCAUAGAGACAAAUUAGCAGGUCCUGAGGUGUGGCUGGCUGGGGAGGUCACCUCUGAAUGUCAAGAGAUUGUGAGGAAAAACCCCUCGGUGUGAGACCUGGUGUUAGUUUGUGUGUACACAAAACCCCCGAGCCUGAGCCUGCAGCCCCUGAACCCAGUGCCAUGCCCUGGAGAUGGCCCAGAGCAGCAGCUGCUGGCAGGGGAUUGCUCCCCAAAGCAGCCAGUGCUCACGGGGGAGGUGUCACUUGUGGGGGAGUGUCACCCAUGGUCUAGAUGUCACUCAUGUCACCCAUGGUCUAGGUGUCACUCAUGGUCUAGGUGUCACUCAUGGCUUAGGUGUCACUCAUGGUCUAGGUGUCACUCAUGGCUUAGGUGUCACUCAUGGUCUAGGUGUCACUCAUGGGGGAGGUGUCACUCAUGGGUGAGGUGUCACUCCUGGGUUAGGUGUCACUGAUGGUCUAGGUGUCACUCAUGUCACCCAUGGUCUAGGUGUCACUCAUGGUCUAGGUGUCACUCAAGAGUUAGGUGUCACUCAUGGUCUAGGUGUCACUCAAGAGUUAGGUGUCACUCAUGGCUUAGGUGUCACUCAUGGUCCAGGUGUCACUCAUGGUCUAGGUGUCACUCAUGGUCUAGGUGUCACUCAUGGGGGAGGUGUCACCCAUGGUCUAGGUGUCACUCAUGUCACUCCUGGGUUAGGUGUCACUCAUGGGGUGAGGUGUCACUCAUGGUCUAGGUGUCACUCAUGGUCUAGGUGUCACUCCUGGGUUAGGUGUCACUCAUGGUCUAGGUGUCACUCAUGGCUUAGGUGUCACUCAUGGCUUAGGUGUCACUCAUGGUCUAGGUGUCACUCCUGGGUUAGGUGUCACUCAGGAGUUAGGUGUCACUCAUGGCCUAGGUGUCACUCAACGGUUAGGUGUCACUCAUGGCUUAGGUGUGGCACUGUCACCCCUGUCCCACGCUGCUGCAGCAGGGGCUGUUCCUCCCCCCAGCUGGCCCUGUGGUUCUGUGGUUCUGGGCAGGGGCUGGGGCUGAAUUCCCUGAAUUCCCUGAAUUCCCUGAAUUCCCAGGUCUGUGGGUCCUGGCAGUGCCCAGCGGGUGCAGCUCCUUUCCCAGAGCUCUGGGUGAGCUCCUGUGGGGCUGCACUGCCUGGCAGCCCCGGGGGGGAUUUUGGCUGCUCCCCAGCAGGACCAAGGGCAGGUUCCUCCCCCCAGCCCAGGUCAGGUGUCUCUCUGCUUCCCCAGGACCUUGGAAGCCAGAGCUGUGGCCCUGCUGUGGGCCCUCACCCUGGGGGUUCAUUUCUUGCAGUUUAUUCCAGAUCUCUGUUUCUGUGCUCUGGAAGGAGAUGUUGAGUUGCAUCAGCAGGCAGGGACCAGGCUGCACUGUGCUUGGGGGAAUUACCUCUGGGAUUUCCAGAGGAGCUCUGGGGCUUUCCCACUGUGGAUACAGAGCUCUGGGAAGGCCAGAGCUCUGCCCAGGCAGGGUGAGGCCCUCAGUGAGCUGGUUUAGUGUCCAGUCACUUCCUGCACCUUCAAGGCAGGUGACUUAUUAGAAAUUAUUGAUUUUUUUUUUUUUUUGCUUAAUGUGCUGUGAUGUUUAAGGUUUUUUGCACGCUAAAAUAAGAAGUAACUGCUAGAAAUAGUUUUAUUCUUCUUGGGUUUCCUAAUAGAGGGAAGGAAUGAAUAAUUUUUUUAUAAGCAAGACAAACUUGGGGCUGUGUGGAUGUGUACAAAAUCUUUCACUUCUGUCUUGGCAACAGCCUUUAAAAUAAUUAGUUGUGAUAAAGCAUCACAUUUCAAAAACACCCACCGCAUAAACAAAUAUUUAUCAAAGCUUGUUUGGGAAGGAACUGGAUAUUCUGUGUCUUUUCCUCUAUUCCACCUUUCAAAUGUUCUUUCAGGGACAGAGUACUGGAGUGAUUUACCUAAACAGGUCAUGCAUUUCCUCUCUGCAUCACUUUGACAAGUGCUGUAUUUAUUACAAUCAUUCAUAUUUUCUUAUGAUUUUAUUUAUUUCCUAAAUAAAUCCCACUAACUUAAGAAA